UCAUACAAACCGGAUGGCGCGCAGCCUUACAAAUCACGAAUAUAACAAAAAAUAAACGCCUGCAUUCUUCUAUAUAAUCGCUUUGAAAAGCAUUUGCUCUUCAGAAAAAAAAGCGUUAGUACAGCAACAAUACGGGAUUUAUCGAAGGUUAUAACCAACGUUCGAAAUGCUGAGUUUCGCUUUCACACUGACGUUCGUCUUGAUCGUCGUACAACCAGACAGAGGUGCGGCAAAGCCAACUAUGGUAGACAUAUGCGCCGGAUGCAGUAUGAAGAAUGGCGUAGGGUACAUGAGACAUACUGAUUGUAACAAGUUCGUCCAUUGCUACGAAGACGGAGACAGCAAAGUCAUUGGGGUAGUACAGGAAUGCGGUUCGAGAAUGGCGUGGGAUCAAGACCUCCUGACUUGCGUCGCCUCAUCAACUUGCGCCGCCUCCUCUGGCAUAUGCGCCAGUGCAAGGGACGGAGCCACAUAUCCUGACCCGGUCAAUUGUAGAAGUUACUGGAACUGUUGGAAUGGGUAUCCGACCAAACAAUGCUGCCCAGAUGGUCAGUAUUACAAAUUAAACACCGGUUGUACGCUAGACAGCUAUAAUAAAUGCGACGAAUGGUGCUCCAUGUAUCAAUUGCCUACGACAAAAAUAACGUGCAAUAACAUUCGACCGGUCCCCGGCAGUGCGGGAGAAUAUGAGCAGUACAUUUCUGGCUGGGACUGGGUCCGCAGACUUUGUCCUGUGGGUUUACAGUAUGUGCAAGAAGAUUGCGGUUGUACGAAGUUUUCUGUUUUAGAAUUGGACACGUCAUGUCGGCCGGAAGUGCAUCUGCUAUUCAAUGGUUCAUAUGACCAGUCGGGCACUUAUGUUCGGUACGAGAACGUUGAUAUAAGGGGCGGGAGAGGAGUCUUUAACGGUGACAAUAGUCAGCUGAUAAUACCGCGAUUUACAAAUGUAGAAACCGACUCGAUUAUCAUCAAGGUGAAGUACACUUCCAACCACAGAGACCUUUCGCGACCACAUAGUAUCAUCUCCAACAGCGACUGUGGCCUCACUCCAUCCAUUCUCAUCACCGAAGACAGCCAACGAAUCAAUUUCCACGUUGGUACCGUUACCAGAUCGAUGAACUUCGAGACCGUAGUAUCUGUAAACCAAACAUCUUCUAAUGAUAAAGAAAUUGUCUUCCGAUUCAACAAGGGGGUGUUGGCUGGCCGACUGGGCUCCGAUUCGUCCGUUAAGUUUGGCAUCCCAGGGUUUAUUCGCGGGACCCACUGCGCUCUUCAUGUUGGCAAGGCCGACGUGGCCAACGGCGAUUGGUUCAAGGGAGAGAUGGAAGAGUUGUCAAUUUACAUGUGUGACAUUUAAAACGACACGAGCGUGUAUGAUUGCCAAUGUUGUAACCAUAUUCGAUAUUUCUAAAGUGUGACCACGUAAACAGUUUAGGUCUGCUUUGGACAUGACAAUACAUACGUGUUGGAUAAACGUAUAAUUAUAUGGACAUCCAUAUAAAAUGCAGUAUGAUGUUGUUUAUUAUUUUGGUUAAUUCUAUAAGUUUCGAUCGGAUAAAGUGCAUGGUCAAGUUCUAUUUCAUUUUUUGAAAUUAUUUACUUAGUAUACUUUCAAUUAGCUUACUUAUACAUUUACAUGUGUACUUUAUUUACACACAAUAAAAUUUGUUGUCCAACAUUCUUUGGAAAAUACCCUUUCUAUAACAUGAACUCCUCUAAUAUAUUUAAUAGGUUCUUACAAACUUCAAAAUCCAUUGUAAUAGGCACUGUUUUGCGUUCAUGUACAAUAAAUUGACACAUUUUAUUCAUACAUGUAUGUUGUGGAAUAUUUACCUACGUUAAAUGGCGCGUACAUGGUCACCCUAAAAUAUCUUUUUAAAGAUAAGACGUAAGAAAAUACAUUUUUCGUUUUUUUUGUUUUAAUCAGUUGAACGUAAACGCCGCAAAUAAAAAAAAUAACAUAUAUAAUGUAAGAUUCGUAACAUUUUUAUUUAGCAUAAUAUUCAUUUUACUGUUUAUUUUCGUUUUUCAGAAAAAUAUGUUUUUACCAUCAUUUUGUGAAUACAUAUGCGAUGCAACCUUGAUAAACGUGUUUUCUACUUGA